CCCUCGACAAAACCGACCGACUGACGUGUGGACAACGCGAGUGAGCCCAGGGACUGACAGGGAAUCGGCGACUUCAGGAAAUGGCGGGCGAUGCGGAGCAGCAGUACUUUCGCUAAAGCCAAAGUGACAGCAACACGCAAAAAGGCGGCGUCGGUCGGGGACGGAGGCAGCGGCAGCAACCUUGAUUGCUGUGCGAUGCAAUGCAGUGUGCAAGUGCAGUUCACCAAACACGCAGCAUGCAACAGAAAAGUCGCAGGAAGUUUUUCUCUCGUGUGUGGAUGGACGGCCGUUCGCUCGUUCGGAUCGCUCGUCGUUAUAGUCGUGCAGAGACCCCCUCCGAAAAUGGGUCAGGAAAAAAACAGGUUGGGAGGAGAUGCGAGCAGCCGAGAGAGAAGAGGAAGGAAAAAAAAGUCGCACGCUGUGACCAGGACCAGAAAAAAUGCCGUGGUGGAUGUUAUGUAGGGGCGUGGGGGAGGGCGAGCGGUCCAGUCAAUGGUAUGGAAAAGGUAUGUGGCGGGCUCCUUGCGGGAUGGGCGCAAGCGGGCUGGUGCUUGCUUUUUUGCUUUUGCCAGGAUCUCCUUCUUUCAACUUCUCAACUUCUCUUUUGCUUGGCUUGGCCCUGGGGGGGGCUCGUUCGCUCGUUUUUUCCGCCGAAGACGCAGGUCACGCAGUACCAGAGACACAGACGCAGUCGCAGUCGCAGUCGCAGACGCGGGUUGCAGACGCUUGACACGCGAUCGCUUGGGGAUUGGUGUGUGGUGCGCCUUGAUUCAAGGUAGGAUAGGGCAAGGCGCAAAGGGGUGUGUUUGUAUUCCC